CUUCAGCUCUCCUAAUCCUCAGCACACUUAUGCAUAUAGGUAUACAUUCAUAUGCAUAAACCUACCCACACACAGAGACAGAAAUGUUUAUAUCGUAUGUGGUGUGUGGUUUAACUAGGAAGGGCUAUUGAUAUGCUUGAUUUGUGAGCCGAAUCUGUGAUUUUUGUGGAGGUAGGAGUUCGGGUUUCUUUAGGGUUUGUAUUGAAGCAAUAUUUUUGUGAUUUGGAGCUCAUAAUUGGGUUUUGCUUGUGGUUCUCGCUAAGAUCUGAAGUGGUCUGCGGGGUUAUUCACUUUUUGGGUCUGCUGGGUUGUGUACUUUUUUUUUGCUUAGAUGAGUAGUUUAUCUAGGGGAUUUUGAACUCAAGAGCUUAAUAUAACUGAAAAUUGGGAGGUUUAGUGGGGUUAAGCCAAGAAAAUUGGGAAACUUGUGGGAGUUUGAGCUGAAAUGUGGUGGUUGAUUUGUUAAAGAUUGGGCCCAUGAAGUUCCUAAUUGCAAAUUCGGGUGUUUGGGGUUGGGUGGAGGACUUCAAGUGCUGAUGAAGCUUAAACAUUUCGUGUUUUGUAGUGGAACCGGCUUCGGUUGAAGAUUUUUGAAGUGUGUUAAAGCUGUUUGGAUCAUUUCCUUCACAUGCGGGUUUUAUAGCCAGCAAUUUGGUGAGUUGGUGGUGGCAUCAACAGUUUCAUUAGUCUGCCCAAUAUGCAGCGUUGGAUGGGUUUUGAAAGGGUAAAAUAAGGUUAGUAUUGUGUUUUUGGGUGGAAAGGAGUUAGAAGACUUGUUUCAGCUUUGUGGGUGUUUGGUUUUGGGCAAUUCUGUACUGAAGAGUUGGGGUUGGUGAUUUUAUUUGGUUUGCUUUUGUGGCUCUGGAUUUGGUGUUACGUGAUACUGUCCGAUCUGCUGGAAUGAGGCUCUCGUCUGCUGGUUUUAAUCAGCAGUCACCUGAAGGGGAGAAUAGAUGUCUGAAUUCUGAACUUUGGCAUGCAUGUGCGGGUCCUCUUAUAUCUUUGCCUGCUGUGGGAAGCCGUGUCGUAUACUUCCCUCAGGGUCACAGCGAGCAGGUUGCUGCAUCAACCAACAAGGAAGUGGAUGCUCAUAUCCCUAAUUAUCCAAGCUUACCUCCACAACUUAUCUGUCAGCUUCACAAUGUGACCAUGCACGCUGAUGUGGAGACAGAUGAGGUCUAUGCUCAGAUGACCUUGCAACCACUGAGCCCACAAGAGCAAAAGGAGGCCUUCCUUCCAGCUGAUUUGGGUGUCCCCAGCAAACAGCCGACAAAUUACUUCUGUAAAACAUUGACAGCAAGUGACACAAGUACUCAUGGGGGAUUUUCUGUUCCUCGCCGUUCAGCUGAAAAAGUGUUUCCUCCACUGGACUUCUCCCAGCAACCUCCAGCCCAGGAGUUAAUCGCAAGGGACUUACAUGAUAAUGAAUGGAAAUUCAGACACAUAUUUCGUGGGCAGCCAAAGAGGCAUCUCCUUACAACUGGAUGGAGUGUGUUUGUUAGUGCAAAAAGACUUGUUGCUGGUGAUGCAGUCCUUUUCAUAUGGAAUGAGAACAACCAAUUGUUUCUUGGUAUUCGGCGUGCCAAUCGUCCACAGACAGUGAUGCCUUCUUCAGUUUUAUCAAGUGACAGCAUGCAUUUGGGACUUCUUGCUGCUGCAGCACAUGCAGCUGCAACUAACAGCCGUUUCACCAUAUUUUACAAUCCUAGGGCUAGUCCAUCAGAAUUUGUUAUACCUCUGACCAAGUAUGUUAAAGCGGUCUAUCAUACACUUUUUCGGUUG